CGGGACUGCCUGGUGUCUGGGAUUUUCGUUUGGAUCUCGGUGAAUUUCACCCUCACCGAGCAUGAAGCAGUGCAUUGUCUUCUGUUCCCUCUUGGCCUCCGUGCUGGCUCGAUCGAAUGACGGUUUCAGCAGUGUAUCUAAAACGGAAGACGGUCGAGGAGGCUAUCGAUAUGAGUACGACAUAACUGACUGGGAUACGAACCGCAAGAGAUGGGAAGAGACCGAUGCUGACAAUAAUCGAAGAGGUGGAUACCAAAUCGUCGAUGUAGACGGUCAGGUGCGCCAAGUGGAAUAUCAAGCGGAUAAGGACGGAUUCCGAGCGACCAUUAGGACAAACGAGCCAGGGACGCAGCCCGGUGAAGUGGGAGGCGCGAUCUUCACUAAUGAUGUUCAAGACAUCAUUCAAAGCACCAGAGGAAUACUGCAAAACACCGGCCACGUGCAGAAGCAGAAGAAAUUGGGGACUUAUCCUGAUAAUUUCGCCGCUGAACCAAUCAGACCGGUGGCUCCAGGUGCUCAAGUGCUCAAACACCACGCAGGUCAAGGACCUCAUUUUGACGCUGUGGCACCGAUUGAGCCGAGUCAAGCCCCUCAAGCCGGGAGGAAGCCUAUCGUACCUCCAUACCAAGUCGCUAGAGGUCCCAUCGGACCAUCGUUCACUGCCUCUCGAGAAGUCGGACCCGUGGGCCCAACAUUCUCGUCACAAGGUGGGAGAGGUCCCAUAGGACCGUCAUUCACCGCCUCGCAAGGUGACGGGCCUGUGGGUCCCUCUUUCACAUCCUAUGGGGGGAAAGGACCCGUCGGACCUUCAUUCACCGCAACUGAGGGGGACGGUCCAGUUGGUCCAACUUUCGUUUCUCACGGAGGGAAAGGCGCGGUCGGCCCGUCAUUCACCGCCACUCAAGGUGCCGGACCUGUGGGCCCAACAUUCUCGUCACAUGCUGGCAGAGGUCCCAUAGGACCGUCAUUCGGCGCGCAUGGGGGAGAGAGUCCUACAGGACCUAGCUUCGCGGUGGACGGAGGCCGUGGUCCUUCAGGACCUUCCUUCACUGCGACCGGAAUAGGAGGGCCUGGACCCUCUCUGUCUCGACCAGGGAUCGAAGCACCCCGACGCCCCUCUUCCAGUGGUGCGAGCGGACCAGAAGGACAAGGUUCCCUAUACCCCGGUGGUAAUCGACCAGUCGGACCGUCAUUCACUGCAUUCGGCGGCAGCAAGCCCGCUAGACCGCUGUCAGGUCCCAACGGUGCUGGCGGUGCACCGUCCUACAGCGGACCGAUCAGGCGGCCCCAGAAAACGAUUUAUGAUCCAUCGCAGUCCUUCGAGACUCCCGGAGUACCAUUGACUCCGUCAAGGGUUCCUGCUUAUACACCGGACUUCCAGGACGUGGAAUGGGAUGGACCGACUGUUCCGCCUCCGGCGUCUCGGCAACGGGCAGCUUACCAGCCUACGGGGAGGAUUCCGUCGGCUUCGAAUGUAGAUCCAGUAGUCGUGAGAUUCGAUGGGGCAGCCACGAAGAGCUUCAGCUGGAGUAGGGGAACAUCAAUUGAUGGCUCCUCUUGGUAAUCAGGAUACUCGCUCCUCCUUUGAGAUUCGGGUUGCCCUUGAUCCUGGAUAUUUAUUGUGAUAUACGCCUAAUAUAUGUAUUUAUCGGGAGCUCCGACUCAUUUUUCUGACGAUUGAGAUUUAAUCGUGAUAAUCCGAGCUCAUCAUGACAUAUUUUUGUUAGCCCGGCUUGUUCGCGGAUCGAAAUUCAGUUGAUCCUGAAUAUUUAUUGCGAUAUGGUGACAUGAUAAAAGCUGAAUGAGCGUUUUAA